UAUUUUUUGAAACAUUGGUCAUUUUGAGCGGCUCUUUAAUUUGAAUCUUUCGUUUUUGUGUUACAGAAUCAUCGGAGCUACGUGCCUGACUAACUCCGCCCGUUGCGCAUCUGGUCGAGCGCGGAAGAAGGCUAUUUAAAAAGGAUUAAAGAUCAACGCGGGGUUAAUGGAAAAAUCCUAACGAUCUCUCUCAUUCUCCUCCUCCGACGAAAGUGUAACAGCACAGAGAUUCGCUAGGCUAAAGAGACUAGAUGGUAGUACGACUACGGGAAUCGGCGGAGGCACACUCUUCGACUCGAGCACACAAUCCACGCUCCCGAUGGACUUUCUCGGGGUCACGGAGUUGAACCGAGUGGUGUAUCUAAAAUCGCGGUGCACCUAAGAAUGUCGGCAAAAGGUGGAAGGAGCUGUUGUGUAGAGGGAAACGACCUUGAUAAGAACAGCUAGUACUUUGUUGGUCUCUCGUCGCCGAAGUGCAUCCUUGUUGCGUGGAAUGAAACUUUAAAAUAAACCGCGGAGCAGUUUAGACGAAAUUCCAGAAUUCCAAAGAGCGUUUUCGGAACAAACUACGUGUUUACGAUCGAGCGAGGAACGCGAAUAAUCGAGUGACGCGAUAACAAAGGGGUUUUCCGGGAGCUCAAGAAUUUUUACAUGCGAUUUAUUCGUAAAACAACACCGUAUAAUAACAUAAGCCGCAUCAAAUCCCGUAAACGUGUGACGGAAACUUAUUUUUCGAAGCGACUCAUCAAUUUCUAAGUCGCAGCGAGGCGGCGUGUACAUACGCGGUGAAACAGAAAAACUAGCUACAUUAUUGAAUCCCGGAUUCAAUACAAAGCCCACGCGACUCGACGCGAGAAAAACGUCCUUUUAUUUGUGCCGGGAGUGGCCGUCCGGUGACCUUAUUCGAAUAACUAUGAUCAGUUCGUGUUUUCGGUCUACAUCAUCUCACCGGGAAGACACUGUUGGCAAAGAGACUACGUUGUGGGUGUGUUAAUUGUUUCAUCGGCGAUCGAGACUGUCGGCACGCGACGGUGAUAAUAGUGCUGGUAAUUCGCAGUCACUCAAAUUGCACGGGUUACAUCAUAAAGCGCGCGCGCGCGAAUCCGGUUAAUCAACAGCCACGGCGCCGGCGAAAACGGAGGAGCUGUGUAAUCGGAUGCCUGUUGCUGUUGUUGCUGCUACUGUUGCUGUUGUUGCAGUUUCCCCAAUGCGGCGACACGUGCGGAGCAGUGCUAUUACGCCGGAUGUCUCGAGAAUGAUUCGCAGGUGACACAAAGGGUCGAGCCCGAUCUGCUCGGUGAAAACAUCUCGAUGUGCCGUGAAAGGUUCGAUGUCGCACGUAGCCGCGAUCCGCCACGGGUGAUUCGAUCGUCUCGUCGGUGCGAAAAGAUUUUGCGCGUUCUCCUGCUGUUCGUAACGCUGCUCAGCUACGACGUCCGAGGUAACGGUACACCAGAUGUUUAUAAGAUACUUGGAGGUGCCAGAACGCGCCAGGCGGACUACCAUUAUCCGUAUAUGAAUAACGAUAUAAAUGAAAAUCAAGAGGAUCUCUACGUCGGUCACGGCGGCGACCCGUGGAGCGCUUCCUCGGCGCGUAUUUACAAGGAUGUCCAUGUGCGCGUCAUAUCCUCCAACAACGCGACGGCAAACAACACGAAGCCUCAAUCCACAAUGAGUGAAAGAGCGACCACGGGCCAUACGAGAAUCAAAAGAGGAGUGAUACACCUUUACAACAUGGUAGUGUGCGCCACGGGAUGUAAUCCUCUAGCUUACAAGGGAUACGGUUGCUACUGCGGAUUCUUAGGAUCCGGUUACGUCAUCGACGGUAUCGACCAGUGUUGCAAGAUGCACGACUGGUGCUACGACGCUACGGAAUGUCUCAUGUUCUCAGAAUACUUUGUACCAUAUUACUGGAGAUGUUAUCACGGUUACAAACCCGUUUGCGCGAUUGAGCAUGGCAGCUGGGGAGGAUCGGGAUCUUGCGCUCAACGUUUGUGCGAAUGCGAUCGUUCGUUAGCCGAGUGUUUGAGAAGAUAUCCUUGCCCUACCACCAAAGCAGUUUGUACCUCGUCACCAUGGAGACUCGUGCAGAAUCUCUUCAUGAUUAUAUAAAUCGUGUACUUGAAAAAAUAACAUAGGCCGCGUUUUAAAACGUGAGAACGUCGUUUUUUAUUUUGUAACAUUUGACUUUUGAGAUAAAAUAUUUCAUAUCUAA